AUGAGCCUAGACACAGACGUCCUCAUCCUAGGUGCAGGCAUGUCCGGCCUGAACUUUGCCAUUCGUCUGCAGCAAGAGUACCCCCGGGCCUCUUACACCAUCGUCGAAUCUUCCUCCGACCUUGGUGGCACCUGGUCUGUCAACCAGUACCCAGGCUGCGGCUGCGAUGUCGCUUCACACUUCUAUUCAUACUCGUUUGCGCUCAAGCCGGAUUGGACAGAGAAGUACGCGUUGCAGCCUGAGAUUCUGGAUUAUUUCAGAAACGUUGCAACUCAGUAUGACGUUGUCAGACAUAUUGAGUUUAACUCAAGUGUCCAGAAAGCCGCUUGGGAUGAGACGUACGAGAUCUGGGUGGCGGAUGUCCUCGAUAAGAAAACCGGUGCAACGAGGAAGGGUGCUUUAUUUCAUUCGGCAAGAUGGGACCAUGAGUUUGAUUGGGGGAAUAAGGAGAUUGUUGUCAUAGGAAAUGGCUGUAGUGCAACACAAUUUGUUCCCAUUCUCUCCAGUGGAAGUACCCCUAAAAAUUACAGCUCCGUUCGAAACCCAGCGAGGAGAGUCACCCAAUUCGCCCGCCAACCACACUGGAUUGCCGAAAGACCAAAUCCCGAAUAUACACCACUCUUCAAAUGGACUAUGCGUUACGUGCCGCUGGCCAUGCGCUUAUACCGCUUCUGGCUCUACGCGGACAUGGAAAAGGAUUUCUUCGGCUUCAAACUUCUCUCCGGUGGUAAGGUGCGCAAGAGUCUGACUGACGAGAGGAUCGAGUAUAUGAAACGCACAGCUCCACUGAAAUAUCAUGCAACGCUAACACCAGCAACUGAAAUCGGGUGUAAACGUAAAGUCAACGAUACUGGCUAUUUCUCGUGCUUGCAUAAUCAGAACAUGGAGCUUGUUUGGGAUGAUCCGAUCUCUACUAUAACGGAGACAGGGGUAAAGACUAAAUCUGGACGGGAGGUAUAUGCAGAUGCCAUUAUAUUGGCGAAUGGUUUCCAGACACAGAAAGUACUGUACCCAUUGGAUUCGGAGAUUCGGGGUGAGGGUGGCAUGAGCCUUGAGGAACAUUGGAACGAAGUUUCAAAUGGCCAUCCUCAAGCCUACUACGGCACCUGUAUCUCAUCCUUUCCCAAUUUCUUCGUCAUGAUGGGACCCAACACUACCACGGGACAUUUAUCGGUCAUAUACUCGACUGAAUGCCAAGUCAACUUCAGUCUCCGCGUGCUCAAACCCAUACUUCAAAGGCCGUCCCUACUCUCACUAUCACUGUCACCAAAACCGACCAGCGUUGCUGUCACCCUCGCAGCCGAGCGGAAUGAUAACGACUGGAUCCAGGAUCUUUCAAAGUCUCUGGUCUGGGCCUCGGGUUGCACAAGCUGGUAUAUCGAUAGCAAGACCGGGCGAAACACCAUGCUCUAUCCUGACUGGCAGUUCAAUUACUGGCUCAGGAGUAUUUUUGUGCCUACAAAGAGAGAUUUUGUGUAUAAGCGAAGUCUGAAGGAUGCUACCCCAUCCCCUUGUCAUGAUCAAGUAAGCCGACGUACUGGUACUAACCAGGCGCUGCGGGUGGCUACUGUCAUUGGUGUCUUGAGUCUAAGUGCUAAUCUCUUGCUGCGUGGAGGUAUUACGGUCGGUGAACUAGACGAUUUAUCAAAGAGGGUUGCAAAUGAGAUUAGAGGGAUAAGUACAGAAGCUAUUAAGUAUCGGCCUUUGAAAUGA